UGCUCCAUUUCCGCCUCCUUCGAUUCCCUCCCUCAGUGCAGCUCAGCGAGACAAGCACACUUUGAGUACAAAAAACCAUCGUAGAACCCCCUCACAGUUGUCCAUCCACGCGAGUUUCUCCUUCGCUCCUGUGGUCCAACGUUCUUAUUUCUUGCCGCAUUCCUUCGCAUGUCUUCGCGAAUCCUCGUGGGAGCCUAGAAAACAGUCACUGGACGUUCACCGCAGUACCAGUGCCGAUUUAGUACAAUCCGUUUAACUCUGUUCACGUUCCGUUCGAAUCCCCCUCCCGGGAUUGGCGCACAGCAUUCGUCAGCCAUGUCUACAUCACACCGGUAUCGCGUAUCCGUGGUGCUCGUCAGCCUUCUAAUCCUGGUGCUCCCCCAACCAUGGCAACAGGCCCGCAGCGCGCGCCUCGACCCUCGCACCAGCUCAUCCCAACAACCGUCCCUGUCGCAGUUCGAAAUGGCCGUCCAAAAAACCCAGGAACUGCCGGAGUCCGUCCGGAGCGGCCUCUACAUGUCGCGCCUUCUCAGGGGCGCGGAAGACGAGAACGACGAGGAGGAGGUGGCGGCGCGCCGCCGCCUCUCCGCUGCCGACGGCUACUGGUUCGGGCUGCGCGCGCCGCCUCUGCGGUCGGGGCCGAGCAUGGCGGCGGUGAACAUGUCGUUCUUCCGGUGGGAGAGCGUGCGCGCGCUGAGCUACGUGGACUGGCGCACCACCAUGAUGAUCACGCCAAUUCAGCGCCAGUUCCAGUGCGCCAGCUGCUGGGCCAUCACAGCCGUCGAUUCCAUCGCCAUGAUGUGGGCGAUUGCGACGGGCACGCCUGCGACGCCGCUGUCGCCGCAGCAGGUGUGCGACUGCGCGACGAAGCAGUGCUGCCAGGGCGGCUGGCCCGACUGGGCGUUUUCGUACGUGCUCUCGAACAACGGCGUCACGCAGCUCGGCAACUACCCGUACGUCGCCGCCGACUCCACCACCUGCUACUUCAACGCGACGGAAAUGGCGCCUCUCGCGAAGAUCACGGGGUGGGAGCUGGUCCCGGCGUUCAACCCUCUGGCGCUGAUGAAGGCAGUGACGACGCAGCCGGUGAUCGCGUUCCUGAGCGCGGCGUCGAACGACUUCCGCACGUACAACAGCCGCGACCAGAUGAAGAUCUACGACGGCAUGUGCACGUCCGAGAUCAACCACGCCGUGCUCGUCGUCGGGUACAACUACACCGGCCCCAGCCUCGUCGGCAGCUACUGGAUUAUUAAGAACUCGUUCUACAACACGUGGGGCGACAAGGGGUAUAUGUACCUCGCGAUGACGCCCGACGUGCGUGGGAAGUGCGGCAUGCUCACCGUCCCGCCCAUGUACCCCGUGUACUAUCCGGUUGGCCCCCAGCCGGCGCGGUUCGCGUCGAGCCAGCGCGGGCGAUGGAAGGUCCGGCGCGUGGACGACCUAUCGUCUCUGCUCUUUAACUCCGCGCUCACCCCCUCUGGCGUCAACUCCUCCGCUUCCUCUGCUGACCAGCUCGCGGGGAUGGGCUUCGGCGCCAUGGACCCGUGCGCGGAUGUGAUUAAUCCCUGCGGGGCCGGCGCGUGCUACAGAUCGUUCGGCAUGGCGCGCUGCGACUGCUCCAUGCUGCCCGACAUGGUGGAGGUGAUCGCGUCGCCCACGUCCAAGUGCGUGCCGCGCUUCCCCUGCGCCACCAGGACCAGCGGCGCCGUGCCCAUCAACCCCUGCGGCGGCGGCACCUGCUCCGACCUCGGCGACGGCUCCUACACCUGCAACUGCUCCCCCGGCUUCGCCAUCGGGGCAGCGGUGGACGGCUCCCCAACGUGCAUGCCGUCGUCUGCCGUCGCGCAUGUCUACACCACCGUGCCCGGCGACACCUGCUCGACGGUGGGUGCGGCGUACAACCUGACGAGCGACAACCUGAUGGCGCUCAACAUGUGGCUCAACUGCACCACCACAGAGUACCUCCCGCCCGGCAUCGCCAUCACCAUUGCCGCCAGCCCCAAGCUCACCACCACCACCGUCACCACCAGCACCAGCACCACCACCAGCACGUCCACGUCCACCUCUACCACCACCAUUUCCUCCCCUACCUCCACCGCUCCCAGCACAGUGACGACGGCCGGGCCUGCGAGCAUGAGCGUGUGCACGUCCACGUACAACGUGCGCGGGCGCGACACGUGCUGGUCGCUCGCCACGACCUACUUCGGCGGCAGCAUCGACAGCCUGAUCGCCAUCAACCCGAAGCUGUCGUGCAUCCGGCUGUUCAAGGGGCAGCAGGUGUGCCUCGCCAUGAACACCACCACCAUCUCGCCCAUCUCUAACUCCACUGCGUCCCUCAUCCCCCCCGCGCCCAUCCUGGGGACCACCACGACGACCACCACCAACACGGCCGGCACGCCAACGGACGCGGAGAAGGAGGACAAGACCCGGUCGGCGCCCGAGUGCGGGCAGACGUAUGUGGCUGCGGUUGGAGAGUCGUGCGAGACAGUGGCGAGCCGCUACAUGAUGUCAGCGCGCUCCUUCUCCACGCUGAACCCCGUGCUCGACUGCAACCUGCCUCUCCCUGUUGGCGCCUCAGUCUGCGUCGCUGCCAAGUCCGCUCAGACGACGGUCAACUGCACGACAUGGUACCGCGUGGCGCAGGGCGACACAUGCCCCACCAUCUGGAACGCCGCCAACCUCACUCUCUCCAUGUUCACUGCCAUCAACCCCGGCAUUCGCUGCGAGGCCCCCUACCUGGCGGUGGGCCAGAUGGUGUGCAUUGACUCCCCCGUGCUGGUGGCCAUGCACGCCAACCAGAACGUGAGCUACUCGCUGCACGCGGUGCGCGAGAACGAGAACCUGGCCAUCAUCUCGUCCAUCUACGUCUCGCGCUGCACCACCGCGUCCGUCUCCCCGGAUGCUAUUGCUGCCAUCAACAACCUCCCAAACAACGCCACGGCGCCGCUCGAAGUCAACACCACGAUUAUCAUCCCCUGUGUGGGCCGUGCCGGGGUGCUGGACUGCGGGUGUGCGACCUCGCUGCCGGUCUGUGGGGCGGACUAUGUCACGUACCCGUCUUACUGCGAUGCGGUCUGCAACUACGCCGUGCCGAUUCGUUCUAUCCAAGGGGAGGUGUGUGGCGGGUGCAACGCCGCCUGCACAGGCCGCACCGGGAUCGCGCCUCUGUCUGGCUAUGGCUGUACGUGGAGCAUCUGCCCGUACCCCACGUGGCCUCUCUCGCCCUCGGACUGCUCUGCGAUGGUGGGUGAUGCAGACGGCAAGUGCUGCACGUUCGUGUCGUCGACGUGUGACAGUGUGUGCACGGCCACGAUGCAGACGAUGGGAGGGACGGCGGCGCAGCAGACGACCAACUACAACAACUGCUUCAAGCAGUGCAUGUGCUGCUCUCGCAUCCCCUGUGCUGCUGGCUUUUGCAACGCACCCUCCAGCUGCUGGAACCAGAGCCCCCGCAAGUGCAUCUACGCCAACUUCAAAUACACAUGGAACUGCACUUGGUUCCCAGCUGAAUAUCCAUUGCCUUGAUGGCAGGAAUGCUUGGUGUCUGCCCCCCCCUUCCUACUUUUUCAGGACGAAGCUGAAAACUGUACCAUAUUAGUGUACAUGCCUUCGUUUCUCACGUUAGAGCAAGCCAAGGCUUAGGUUAGGCUGUGAAAAGCAAGGUACGCUUGUUCAAUUACAUUGGUUAUGGAUUUUUUCAUUUUUGACAGUGCUUCAGUCAUGGCAUACUUGUGAGGGAAAUAAUGAUACCUCAGAGAC